GUGUACAAGAGAAGAUGGUAUGUUUUAGUGAUGUUUGGUUUCUUUGCUGCAAGUCAGAAUUUAAUCUGGAAUACUUGGGGACCAAUAGCUGAUUCAGCCACGGAAGCGUUUGGUUGGUCCAACGCUGAUAUUGGUCUCUUAACAAACUGGGGGCCGAUCUCGUAUUUAAUCAGCGGAGUUUUCUUUUCUUGGAUGAUAGACGUUAAAGGUUUGCGUGUAGCGUGUGUAGUCAGCUGUUUUCUGGUGACGGUUGGUGCUGGGUUACGAUGUAUUACCUCUACUCCACCACUCUCUACAUGGUCAGUGUUAUUCUUAACCCUUAGAAAACUGAGUGUAAAUAACGUAGAACUCUCGCAAUGA